UACCUUGAUAAAUACAUCUUCAGAAGGACCCGGAAGGAAGGAGGAGAGACAGCGUGGGGUCCGCCGAUUUCGGCGGGGCUUUUCUGGAACCCACAAAGCAGAAGAGCGCGGCGGCGACGACCCAGAUGCAGAGGAGCACAGCGACACCUGGCUCCCUUCCGAGCGGCGUCCGCAGGCCGUCAGCCCGCCGCUGAGAAGUGGGCGGGUGGACCUGAGGAGGCGUGGCGGGGUCGGAGGGCACGCGGCGUCGGUGUCAUGGCGGCCUCCGUGCUGGGUUCCACCUGCGGCCCGCUGCGGCUCGGCGUUACCGGCCUGUGCCGCCGCCGGCCGCCCCGGGGCCUGUGGGCUCGUGCGCGGCGGCUCCCGGGGCUCGCGGGGUCCGGGCGGAGCGUGGCCGCGGCCAGCGGAUCGGGCGCCUCGGGCACCGACCGCUAUUGCUUGGAGCUGCUGCGGAAACGAGACUACGAAGGCUAUUUGUGCUCCCUGCUGCUCCCUGCAGACUCCAGAAGCUCUGCCUUUGCACUGAGGGCCUUCAAUGUGGAACUGGCUCAGGCUGGUUAAGGACUCAGUCUCUGAGAAAACAAUUGGACUGAUGCGAAUGGAGUUUUGGAGAAAAACCGUGGACGACAUAUACAGUGACAACCCACCCCAGCAGCCUGUGGCCAUCGAGCUGUGGAAGGCUGUCAAAAGACAUAAUCUGACUAAAAGAUGGCUUAUGAAAAUCAUUGAUGAAAGAGAAAAAAAUUUGGAUGACAAACCAUAUCGUAAUAUCCAGGAACUGGAAAACUAUGCUGAAAACACUCAGAGCUCUCUUCUUUAUUUAACACUAGAAAUAUUGGGUGUAAAGGAUCUUCAUGCAGAUCAUGCCGCGAGUCACAUUGGAAAAGCGCAGGGCAUUGUCACUUGCUUGAGAGCAACGCCCUAUCAUGGUAGCAGAAGAAGAGUGUUCCUUCCCAUGGAAAUUUGUAUGCUGCAUGGCGUUUCACAAGAGGAUUUUCUACGGCAGAACCAAGCUAAAAAUGUGAGAGAUGUGAUAUAUGACAUUGCCAGCCAGGCACACUUGCACCUAAAGCAUGCUAGGUCCUUCCACAAAAGUGUUCCUGUGAAAGCAUUUCCUGCUUUUCUUCAGACGGUUGCCCUGGAGGACUAUUUAAAGAAAAUUCGACAGGUGGAUUUUGACAUAUUCCACCCAUCUUUACAGCAGAAGAAUACACUGCUACCAUUAUCUUUGUAUGUUCAGUCAUGGAGAAAAAGAUAUUAAAAUAAUUUUAUGGCA